AUGUGGCUAACAGCUGCUGUGGUAGGAGGAAUGACUUGGUGCAUUACCACUUGCAACUUUGAUGUAGAUGUUGAUUUACUCUUUCAAGAAAACUCUACAAUAGGUCAAAAAAUAGCUCUAUCAGAAAAAAUUGUCUCUGUUCUGCCAAGAAUGAAGUGUCCACACCAGCUGGAGCCUCACCAGAUCCAGGGGAUGGAUUUUAUUCACAUAUUUCCCGUUGUUCAGUGGCUGGUGAAGCGAGCUAUAGAAACAAAAGAAGAGAUGGGUGACUACAUCCGUGCCUACUCUAUAUCCCAGUUCCAGAAAACCUACAGUCUCCCUGAGGAUGAUGACUUCAUAAAGAGGAAAGAAAAGGCCAUCAAGACAGUUGUUGACCUCUCAGAUGUUUACAAGCCCCGUCGGAAAUACAAACGGCAACAAGGAGCAGAGGAGCUGCUCGAUGAAGAAUCUCGAAUCCAUGCUACACUUUUGGAAUAUGGCAGGAGAUAUGGAUUUAGCCGCCAGAGCAAAACAGAGAAGGCUGAGGACAAGAAAACGGCACUUCCCACAGGGCUCUCGGCUACAGAAAAAGCUGAUGCCCAUGAGGAGGAUGAGCUUCGAGCUGCUGAAGAGCAGCGUAUUCAGUCACUGAUGACCAAGAUGACUGCCAUGGCAAAUGAGGAGAGCCGUCUCACUGCAAGCUCUGUGGGCCAGAUCGUGGGACUCUGCUCGGCUGAAAUCAAGCAGAUUGUGUCCGAGUACGCAGAGAAGCAGUCUGAGCUGUCAGCUGAAGAAAGUCCAGAAAAAAUAGGAACCUCCCAACUUCAUCGUCGGAAAGUCAUUUCCUUGAACAAGCAGAUUCUUCAGAAGACCAAACAUCUGGAAGAGCUGCAGGCAAAUCAUACCACUCUCCAAGCCAGAUACGAUGAAACGAAGAAAACACUGACAGAGUUGAAGAGUCAUAAUGAGAAACUGGACAAGGAGCAGGCAGCCCUCGAGAAGAUAGAAUCCAAAGCGGAUCCAAGUAUUCUGCAGAACUUGAGAGCACUUGUAGCCAUGAAUGAAAACCUGAAAAGCCAGGAACAGGAGUUUAAAGCACAUUGUCGAGAAGAAAUGACACGGCUACAGCAGGAAAUUGAAAACCUGAAAGCAGCGAGAGCUCCAGGUGGAGAAGUAAAGACCCUCUCCAGUGGAGAGCCGAAUGAUGCCCUCACCCCCAUGAUGACUCAUAAUGAAGACCUAGACAGACGAUAUAAUAUGGAGAAAGAGAAACUUUAUAAGAUCCGUUUACUACAGGCUCGAAGAAAUCGAGAAAUAGCAAUUCUGCAUCGCAAGAUUGAUGAAGUGCCCAGCCGAGCCGAGCUAAUACAGUAUCAGAAGAGAUUUAUUGAACUCUACCGCCAGAUUUCAGCAGUGCAUAAAGAAACCAAGCAGUUCUUCACUUUAUAUAAUACCCUGGAUGAUAAAAAAGUUUAUUUGGAAAAAGAGGUAAGAACCUUUGUAAAAUCAGAUGAGCAGCCACCAGUGCUGUUGACCCCAGGAAGUUCAAAUGAACUUGGUCAUGGUACCUCCCCCUUAUUCAGAGCCCUGUGUGCUGGUCAUACCUCUGCUCGUUUUUCUUUCAGAGCCAUGGCUUCCCCUGCUUCCCGGGACCAGUUUUUACGUCAGAUGGAACAGAUCGUUGAAGGAAUUAAGCAAAGUAGAAUGAAGAUGGAAAAGAAGAAGCAAGAGAACAAAAUGAGAAGAGACCAGUUGAAUGACCAGUACUUGGAAUUGUUGGAAAAACAGAGGCUGUAUUUUAAGACUGUGAAAGAGUUCAAGGAGGAGGGCCGCAGAAACGAGGUGCUGCUGUCCAAGAUGAAAGCCAAGGCCUCCUGAAAACUCCCAGCCAUCAUCGGACAUCAUUGAUUUAUUGUGAACGCCAUGUAUCACCUACAAGAUCAUGAGAUGGUUCGGAAUGCUACGGUAGAGAGAUGCAGGUGUAAUGAUUUCCACACCCUGGAUAUUUUCUCUAUCCUGUUGGCUUCCAUUCCAACUCUGUGAUGGUCGUUGAUGGAAUCAGACAGUGUAAACAUUGUGGCUUAGAUAACACUCAUCCUCUGCAGAAGUGUGGGCAGUAUUUGUUCUCUGUGUCGAUUCAACUUGUAUUUCUCCAGUAAUUUUGCACAUAUGAAGGUACCUGUAUGGACUCUCUGAAUAAAGAGAAAUUCAUUUAUUCAGCAA